UAGGCAGGGGCUGGGAGGGCAGUGAGUCGGCUCUGCCCAGAGAGGGGCUGGUGGUGCUCUGUGGGAGCUGCUGCUGAACAAUCCCUCAUUGCUGCGAGAUGACUAACGUUGAAAGGCUGGUUCAGGAGGUGGAUGCAGGCCGGUGUGUGGGUAUCCAGAUAACCAACAACACCAGAGACGUGACCCUUGAGUACCCCAGGAAUUACUGUUUCAGCGGCUGGGCCAUGAUAGACCUUGUGCCCCAGAUCCCCCCCGGCUCCUCGGGGAGCUUCCUGUUUGUGAAAACAAGAUCAACGGCCCGCGGGAGCGUCGGGGUGCUGAGCUACGAGUCCAACGCCUUCACCCUGGCCAUCAUGUUCUCCAACCCCUUCAACCACAUGCUCUAUGACAUCGAGUUUGCCCUCGAGCUCUUCACUGGCAGGAAGCACUUCCACAGCAUGGAUCGCCUCUACCACUACAUGUACAGCCACGACCCUCCCUAUAUGUGCGAGUCCUUCCAGAAAACGAGGCUCACUGAUGCCAAGGAUGGCCAGCUGGAGGUGACCAACCAGGAGAUCCAGGUGACGGCCACCAUGUCCAAGCAGAAGAAGUCCAUCAUUAAAGUGCAGAUUGAACAGAGAGACCACUCCCCGUCCUACGCUGCCCACGCAGCCAACCUGGAGGGCACAGAGGAAUGACCUAGUGCGACAGACGAGGGGGCCGUGGGUGGGAACACCAGUAAAUAGUGACUCUUUCCCAGCCCAAGUGCACAGACACGUGCUAGCUCUGCUUGAGUUACCCACAGUGUGGCCACAGUGGCCUGUGCU